CCCUGAAGAUGUGGACGCGUUUACAUGUUGAAAAGUGUCGUUAGAAACGCUGGAAGGAAGGGAGCGUCAUGUGGGAGCAGCGACAAGGGAGUUUUUAAGAGGUUAUGCAACAUAAUCCAUCGCAGCAGUGUAUUGUAUGCAAGCUGACGGUGAAAGAAACGCUGAACUUUACUGGUGUGGAGCUCAGAGCUGAAUUAAGAGGCUUUAGGAGGCUCGUGGUCGGCUCAGCGUCCCCGCGGUCUCUUUUUUUUUGUUUUGUUUUUUGCAGUUUUAUGCGCAAAGCUGCAACAGAAACUUUUGGAGACAUUUUUACACUCUUAUAUUUUUAUUUACUUUCUGCUGCAGCGUCACUGACGAUCAAAUAUCUCGACCACCGCUGAAUUUAAGCCUUUAACGGUUUCUUACCAAAUAUAGCCACUGGUAAUGUUGGAGCGUCCUUGACGGAGCGCGGUGAUCCUCGAUUGGGUAUUUGUAACGCUGCCAAAGUUUAUAUUUAAAUACUCAGCUCACUUGGAGUCGCGUUAUUUUUUUUUAAUCCACCAAUUUAGUAUAUUUUUUUAAUUGGACACCUGAGUUAUUGGCGUGUUAUUUGAGCAGUUGGUGCGGAUCUGUCUUUAUGCCUACUGUGAGCUGCUCGUUGAUUUUAAAAUCGCUUUGUAGCCAAUGACUGCUUUCAACAGAAGCCAUUUUAAGUCUUUGAUUUAUAUGUCUAUCUUGACUCACUGAGCACAAGCGGCUCAACCUGCUCUCUGCUGCAGCGUUGAUCCUUGGACGUCCUCUUGUUUUCUUUGCCACGUUUAUUAUAUUGCUCUCAAAUCCCCAACAAUGACUUUUUGCGCGUUUGGCUUUGGGCGGGGUAGAAUUGCCAUGGCUCGGAUUUUCCUCACCAUCUGUGUGUUGCUGCUCGGUUUGGCGGUGGCCUGGGCUGGAGCCGAAUCUGAGCAAGCCAAAGCGACCGGGGGGAGCCCACCGGUGGUCACCCUCCGGACUGUUAUCACCGGAACCUGCCAGGAGGUCCAGCGUUACGCGGAGUCGGUGUUGGGAAGCGGCGCGAUUCGAUCAGCUGCUGAGAGUGCAGUGUUGUAUCUUGAGUCAUUGCUUGGCCAGGAGAACGCCUAUACGGUGGCCAUGUUUUUGGAGAUGGUGAUCCGAUUCCUGGCUGAAGGAGCUGCCAGCGGCCUGAAUGUCAUUGCUGUUUACGUCACAGAGAUCCUCAGGGUCACAGGAUUCGAUGUUGCGCUGACGUUGCCCCGCUUCACUCCAGAGGGUGUGACAGCCAUCGCCCAGUGGGGUCUGCUGGCCCUCAUUGGCUACUGGGUGCUGACUAUUGUUCUCCGUCUGUUGAUAUGCGUGCUGAGACGGGUGUUCUGGGUGGUAAAAACUGUCUUGGCGCUCUGGCUUUUUGGACUGAUCGUGACUGACAAGAAUGCCGCUGCAGACACCACGGCGGUUCGACUGGGCGUCCUGGUGCUGGGGUGCGUCCUGUUGACUCUGCUCACUUCAGGUUGUGAAAAGACUGUUUCAGUGGAUGACCGGCUGAGUUGUCUUGAUAGCCGGUUGAAAGCAGUGGAGAAGAGGAAAGGUGAAUAGUGACCAGGGAGGGUGGAGGGGAAAGGAGUUAAAAUGGACAAAAAUUAUGGUAAUGUUGGGUAAGAAAAUAGUAACACUGAUGGUUUGUGUGUAAAUCUAUUAUGGGAAAUAAAGCCUGUGGGAUUUUUAAUCAGACACGCUCUUUUUGUUUGCCUUCAGAAAAAGCCAAACUACACUGAAUUUCUGUAUGGUGUUAAAUAACUGUAAUCACACACAAAGGUAUUAAAAGGCUGCGAUAUUGGAUUGUUCCAAAAGUCAGACCAUAAAGUGUU